CCUCGAGAUUCGUUUCACGAGAGCCUUAUAAAUAAACGAGCCUCCUUAAUCAGUCAUCUCAUUCCCUUAUUAUAUUAUUUUCGCGUUUCAGUUUUCCCCCGGUUGCAAGCUCUCAGAGUGAAGCUUAGCUCCUCCUCCAUUAAUGGCUGCUCUUAGGACUUUCCUCAGGAAAAGGCCUUCCCUUUCUGCUCACUCCGAUUACUCUGUGUUCAGCAGACUCUUCUCCACCGAACCCAUCAUUGAUUCUCCUUCUCUUGUCCAGAAGAUCAGAGAUCUGCCCAAGGAUCUUCCUGCCACCAACAUUAAGAAACAUGUUUCCCAACUGGUUGGAAGAACACCACUUGUUUAUCUUAACAAAGUCACUGAAGGAUGUGGAGCUUAUAUUGCUGUAAAGCAAGAGAUGAUGCAGCCCACUGCUAGCAUCAAAGACAGACCUGCAAUGGCUAUGAUCAAUGACGCGGAAAAAAAGAACCUGAUAUCUCCUGGGAAGACAACUCUGAUAGAGCCAACAUCAGGCAAUAUGGGGAUAAGUAUGGCAUUUAUUGCAGCCAUGAAAGGCUAUAAGAUGGUACUUACCAUGCCUUCCUACACAAGCUUGGAAAGAAGGGUGACCAUGAGAGCGUUUGGGGCUGAGUUGAUCCUCACUGAUCCAACCAAGGGAAUGGGAGGAACGAUUAAGAAGGCAUAUGAACUUCUUGAAUCCACACCAAAUGCUUUCAUGCUUCAACAAUUCUCCAACCCAGCUAAUACUCAGGUGCAUUUUGAAACAACGGGUCCAGAGAUUUGGGAGGACACAAAUGGACAAGUAGACAUAUUUGUCAUGGGAAUAGGUAGUGGUGGAACAGUUUCUGGAGUUGGGCAAUACCUUAAAUAAAAUCCCAAUGUUAAGAUAUAUGGAGUGGAGCCUGCUGAGAGUAAUGUUCUCAAUGGUGGUAAACCUGGUCCUCAUGAUAUUACUGGCAAUGGGGUUGGUUUCAAACCAGACAUAUUGGACAUGGAUAUAAUGGAGAAAGUUCUUGAGGUUAGCAGUGAUGAUGCAGUUAACAUGGCCAGAGAGUUGGCCUUGAAGGAAGGACUCAUGGUAGGGAUAUCAUCCGGAGCUAAUACAGUUGCAGCUCUAAGAUUGGCAAGGUUGCCGGAGAACAAGGGAAAACUGAUUGUGACGGUUCAUCCGAGUUUUGGGGAGCGGUAUCUGUCAUCUGUCCUGUUCCAAGAACUUCGGAAAGAGGCCGAAAACAUGCAACCAGUGGCAGUGGAUUGAUUCAGAAGCGAAUGCUCUGAAACAACCAGAAAGACUUACUGUGGGAGUUGCAUGGAUCACAGCAUUCCUCUGUCACAGUCCUGUAGUUGCAGAAUUCGUCAGCUAUUCAUAACGCAGAUCGCUAUAUUCUUGUCUCUCCCUUUUUCUUUUUACUUGCAAAUGUUGUGGCUUGUUUGCACCAUAAAGGUCUGAUGGUUCAAGGAGUUCAAUCCUCUUUUUUCUGAAGAAUGUGUCUUAUGUAAAUGUCAAUUUCAAGUUUGUCAUAGAAAAGAAAACCCAAAAAGAUGAGACAGCAUUAUUCUGUACUUGAUAUUUAAAACCCUAAUAAUAAUAUUAUUUGAUAUUUAAA